UACAAUAUACACACAAAUACAAUAUACACACAUAUACACACAUAUACACAUACCUAUAUAUAUUUGUAGGUUUAGAAAGAAGGCUUUGUAUAUGCUUCCGACCUCAUCUGGGCUGUUUACAAACCUACAAGAAAAUAAUUAAUCCAGUUGACAUUGCAGAAAUAUUUGACUAAUAGUGGACACCGAUGGCGUCAAAGAACAAGGGAAAUAAUAGUGAUGGCCAGAAGUCACCUUCAGCUCAUCUAGUCAAAAUAGUGUUGCUGGGUGACCAAGGAGUUGGCAAGUCCAGUAUAGUGGUUCGCUUUAUCAAAGGAGAAUUUGAAAGCACAGAAGCUACAAUCGGAGCUGCAUAUCUCACCAAAACAAUAAAUGUAAAAGGUCGACAAAUAAAGUUUGAUAUUUGGGACACAGCAGGGCAGGAACGCUACCACAGUUUGGCACCAAUGUACUACAGAGGGGCUCAGAUUGCUAUUGUUGUUUACGAUAUCACCAAAAAGGAGACAUUUGCUCGGGCCCAGGAGUGGGUGAAGGAACUACGCAAACUGGCAAACCCCAACAUUUUAGUGGCCCUCGCUGGGAACAAGGCAGACUGUGCAGAUGAGAGAGUAAUCACAGUUGAGGAGGCCCGCAGGUAUGCUGAAGAACAGAAGCUGAUGUUUGUGGAGACGUCAGCACGAUCAGGGCUCCGUGUCAAUGAUAUUUUCAUGAUUCUGGCGGACAAAAUCUGUGAGUUGUCUCCCGCAAAGCCUGCAGAUCCUGGCACACGUAUUAACCUAGAU